CGGUCAUUGAAUUUGCUCCUUAAGUGCUCUGUCUCUCAGAAGAGAUUCCUCUUCAUUGAUGGCCAAGUCGUUUGGUGCCCUAACAUUGGGCCCCUUUUCAGGGCCACCUAAAUUGAGGCCUGAUGAAACGCUUUGCAAGCGGAUUGCCGGAACAUUCCCUCUUCCCUGGAUUUUCAUUCAAGGCGCAUGCUUUGGGAGCCUUUUGUUCGAGGGGCCAUUGUUUAUAUCGAAGCGACUCACACUUUCGACAUGUUUGAGCAAUUUUUCGAUUCCUUCCGAGGGACACAGAACCCAUUUAUUUUCGGAGAAGACCUGAGCAUGGCCAACCCCACUGUUCGUCGUCCAUCACCUGACACCAACCAAUUGACACACGGUUCCCUCGUGUCUCUUCUCCCAAAUUAUGAAGAUAUUGUCAUCCCAGAGCAGUCAGAAUGUCCGCCUACUCUUUGGGACCUCUACACCGAGAUAACGCUACCAUAUAACAAUGCAGGAGGCUCUCGUUUGCUCCCCUUACGCGCGCUGUCAGUGGAAGCCUCCGCAGGCUCUUGGGAUUACAGACACGGAACGUGCGGACCGUUGUCGAUGUUCUCCUCCCCUUCCGGCACCAGUCCCAAUCCAACGCGGGGCAUACAAUCUGAGUACGCAGGAGAAGACCCCGACGUUGAGGGUGAACCAAAUCCCUGGUAUGGGCUGUCAUGCUCCGCGCCCGCGCCAGGUCUGCCCCAGCCAUCAUCCCAAGGGACCCGAGUGGGCUCCUGCCGGUGUUCGGACUCGAAUCCUCCAAUUCCCUCCAGUUCGUCAACUCCGGACAACACACCGAACAGUCCUUCGUCAGAUUUCUCUGACCUUCCCUUCAUUCCCCGAGCACUCUAUGCCUACGGUGUUAAGAGAGAUGCAAAGGCUAAAAAGGCUAUCGGAAUAAGCACAAACGAUCGCCGACCGUGCCCGUUAUGUUCUGACAAUUUCCACAAGUCAAGAUCUGCUUCAUCAUCGAAGGAAAAUGAUUGGUGGAGGCAUCUCCAGCAGGUGCAUCUCAAGAACGAUACGAUCUCAUACAUUGCGAAAAACCAACGCAUCGACAUUGUUGCGCUUCUGUUCUUUGCAACCCUUCGGGUCCGUUUCGAGGAGCGCCACGAUGAACAAUGGUUGGAGCCCACUCGCGAAGAGCACGACGAGAUCACGGCGUUCUACUCGAUGUACGGUGAAGAUCGAACAGCUGGACCAAUCAUCAGUACGAUCGAGGAAGGAAAGGGGUCUUAUCCCAGGUUAAUGGCUCGACUCGAAUCUUUCAUCCCUUCCUGGUGUGGUCACUUCAUCUGUCCAUCGUGCGAGGCGCCGAUAGGACGCGAUCGGGCCAAAGAUCGCCACCCUCCCGGCCACUGUAAUGGGAGAGGGGGAGCUCUGCCUCCUCCAGAAUUUACGCCAUGGCCACUGCACCCUAUGGCACCUGAUGAACAGACUGCCAAACGCCCCCGCCCCUCUCCAAAUCCCGAUGGUGAUGAUUGCACCCCUCGACGGAAGAAGCCGUGCAAACGAAACCGUGGAAAUUGAAUGCUCCAGCAUCACUAUUAAUCCCCCGUUGCCGCUCUCGAAAAAGUGCCUCUCCAGGUUUUGUUUCAGUUGUGUAGACUUGCUCAUGGCACUUCGUACUUAUUGGUUGAAUUAGGAUCUUACCAAAACGGACCAAUCAAUAUAUAACCUUGU